CACCAUAUUCUCUCCAUAACUAAAUCUCCUUCCUCCCUAUAAUGUAAGUGAAUUAAGCUCAAUUUCACUAUCAUUUUUAGAACCCCACAAAAGAUAUCCAUUUUUCUUGAACACCCACAAAUAAAAUUCAUUUAUCUUGAAAAGCCACAAAAGAAAUCAAGUUUUCUUGAAAGCCCACAAAAGAGAUCAAUUUUUCUUGAAAGCCCACAAAUUUUUAUUGCAGAAAGUUGAAAUCUUGAAUGCAAAAGAUGGGGGUAAAGAAAGCAAGAAUAGUGAUAAUAGGGGCAGGAAUGGCAGGCUUAACAGCUGCAAACAAGCUAUACAAAUCAAGUGGUUCAAAAGAAGCAUUUGAGAUUUGUGUAAUUGAAGGUGGGAAUAGAAUUGGAGGUAGGAUUAAGACUUCAGAGUUUGGUGGUGAUAGAAUUGAAAUGGGGGCUACUUGGAUCCAUGGAAUUGGUGGUAGCCCAGUUCAUAAAAUAGCUCAAGAAAUCAAUUCUUUGGAAUCAGAUAAACCAUGGGAAUGUAUGGAUGGUUUUCUUGAUGACCACCCUCUUACCAUAACUGAAAAUGGGUAUGUCUUAAAUCCAUCUUUAGUUGUUGAUCCUAUUUCUAGUCUUUUCAAGAAUCUUAUGGAUUUUGCUCAAGGUAAAAGGAAAUCCAAUAUGUCUUAUUCAAAUAAUGGGAAUGGGAAUUUAAAUGAUAAUAUGAGUGUUGGAUCUUUUCUUAGAAAAGGUCUUGAAGCUUAUUGGGAAAUGGAAUCAAGAAAUGGGAAUGAAAAUGGGAAUAAGAAGUUGUUAGAAGAAGCGGUUUUCGCAAUGCAAGAGAAUACUCAAAGGACUUAUACAGCUGCUAAUGAUUUAAUGAAUCUUGAUUAUAAUGCAGAGAGUGAGUAUAUCAUGUGUCCUGGUGAAGAAAUCACUAUUGCAAAAGGAUACUCAAGCAUUAUAGAAUCAUUAGCAUCUGUUUUACCAUCUGGGGUAAUUCAAUUAGGCAAAAAAGUUUGUAAAGUUGAGUGGCAGCAGCCUGUUAAUGAAAUGGGUGGAAUUUUAGAAAAUGGUCAUAAUGAUGAUACAAGACCAGUAACAAUACACUUUCUUGAUGGCACAAGUUUAUCAGCUGACCAUGUUAUUGUCACAGUUUCAUUAGGUGUACUAAAAGCAGGAAUUAACGAUUCCAAUGAGUCUGGUAUGCUUAAGUUUAGUCCUCCUCUCCCUGAUUACAAGAUUGAUGCCAUUUCAAGACUUGGGUAUGGUGUUGUCAACAAGCUAUUCCUGCAAUUAAGUCCUGAAUAUUCAUAUUUUGACCAAUUCCCAUUUCUACAACUGGUGUUUCAUCAAAGUGACUCUGAAGCUAAGAAUCCGAAAAUCCCAUGGUGGAUAAGAAGGACAGCUUCAGUGUCACCAAUCUAUAAGAAAUCAAGAGUGUUACUGUCUUGGUUUGCAGGUGAAGAAGCACUUGAGCUAGAAACACUUCCAGAUGAAGUGAUUCUUGAUGAAGUGACCACAACGUUGUCCACGUUUUUGUCGAGCUCAUCCGAAGAAGAACAUAAGGGGAAUGUGGCCAAGAAGUCAUCAAAACUGAAACUUGCAAAGGUUUUAAAGAGUCAAUGGGGAAAUGAUCCACUCUUUUUGGGUUCAUAUAGUUAUGUUGCAGUUGGAUCAAGUACAAGUGACAUAGACACAUUGGCUGAGCCAUUGACCAAAAGUGGUUCACACCCACUUCAAAUCCUAUUUGCAGGGGAAGCAACACAUAGGACUCAUUAUUCUACAACUCAUGGUGCAUAUUUUAGUGGAAUUAGAGAAGCCAAUAGGCUACUUGAACACUAUCAUUGUUUGAAUAAUUAGUAGAUUGAUUAAUACUAUAUGAAUGUGGGUUAUUAUUUUCUUAUUUUUGUAAUUAACCUUUUCUCUAGUGACUAUCAUUUUCAAUGUUGGGAAAUGAAAAAGAGAGAUGGAGACAUUUGCAAGAUAUAUGGCGAGUGAAAUGAAUUACCAUAAAGAAGCUUCUUUUUA